UCAAAUCUCUUCUCCCUCCCCCUCCUUUCACCUUUGAUUUUCUCCCCUUCAUUGCAAACAGGGGGGAGGGGAGAGAUGCAUCACAAGAACUCCUGCAUCAACUCCAUUCCUAGUUGUUCUUAGCAAAAGCACAUAUCAGCAGAGUUAGCAGUUGCUCCUGUGCUGAGCCAGAUACUUUGAAUUGCUUGGAUCAUCACCAUGUCUUUCACUGGCACCCAGGACAAGUGCAAUGCAUGCAACGAGACGGUCCAUUUCAUCGAUCUCUUGACAGCUGAUGGAGUCCCUUAUCACAAGACUUGCUUCAAGUGCAGCCACUGCAAAGGAACCCUUUCUAUGUGCAGCUACUCUUUCAUGGAUGGCAUCCUCUACUGCAAGCCUCAUUUUGAGCAGCUGUUCAAGGAGACAGGCAGCUUCACCAAAAAAGUUCCCAGCAGGACUCCAAACAAGGUCUCCUCCAUGUUCUCUGAAACCCAGGACAACUGUGCCAGCUGCAGGAAAUCAGCGUACCCCUUGGAGAAGCUGACCGUGGAAGGUGAGUCGUACCACAAGACCUGCUUCGGGUGCUCCCAUGGCGGCUGCACUCUCACGCCCUCCUCCUACGCCGCCCUCGACGGCAUCCUCUACUGCAAGCACCACUUCGCGCAGCUGUUCAAGGAGAAGGGGAGCUACAACCACCUAGGCCGGGUGGCUUCUUUGAAGCGGAGCUCUGAACCUGUGAGCAAUAAUAAGCGACUGCACCCUCUGUAAUGUAUGAUGGCUUCGGUCAAAACCAGAAUCGUCGAGCUGAAAUGUGCUUUUCAGUAGAACGGGCAGUAAUCGAUCGAAAAGCGUAAUCUUGGACACGAAUGAUAUGAAUUGGGCUCCGGC